AUGGAAUCGACCGAGUCCUCUUACUUACUUUCUGUUCACACAGCCCCGCAUGGUGCGAACAACGCCUCUAUCCCCUCUUCUGAAUCAACUGCAUCACCUGGAUUCUCCCCGCCCGUUCAUUUUGAAGCAACCAUUCCACGAAAAGAUUCUCAGUCGAAGUCACCUAUGGCGCCAAAUUUUGCGCCAAAUGACGCGCCGAAGCCUACGACGGUCGAGUUCACGACGAGUAGAGAUUAUGACAAUGAAAGCGACUCGAAGCGGAGCUACCAUGAGCUAAGCGAGGAUGGUGAUCUCGAUCGCCCUCGAAACCUUAUCGACGAAGUUUACGAUGUCGAGAAACGACGACAUCAUCCGGUGAAAAGAAUCAAGAUACAGGAAACGCCUACAUCUGGAACACCAAGCCAGACAAUCAAGGGUUCUGGUAUUAGUGAGCUUAGUAAAUUUAUGAAAGAGGGACAAGCAGGUUCUGUCUCGGCUCCAGUGGGUUCGCCCGUGGUUGAUUUGACCGCGGUCUCUCCGAAAGGGAAUGAAGAUGAUGAGCUGCAAGUCACUGGUUCGAAUGAUCUCAGCACCCAACGCGUUUGUUAUGGCAAGGUACAAUCAGCUAUGGUCAAUGCUGCCGUGGUACCUAAGCCGAGAGAUGAUGCCAAGUCAAUAUUUCCAGAUCAGUGGCCAGCAUUGAAGCUCGACUUGCGAAGGGCCCCAGACAAAGCUAGCAUCAAAAUCGAAGUCAUAGAUCCACAAGGCAACGUCUUUGGCUUGAUUGAUCCUAAAACUGCCGCUGCCCUUUGCCCGCUACUCGACUCGCCUACCUUAAGUUUGGAUAUCACAGCACGCCUGGAAAUGCGCCCUGUCAUGCAGAAUGAAGUUCCAGGGAGCCCAACAUCGGCAAACUAUCGGGCUUCGUUGAUUCUAUAUGGAGAACGUCAGCGCGCAGAGAUUGUUGGCCGUUAUUUGGGCCAAAAGAAUGUCUGGCUCGGCCAUCCAGCGAUGGUGGAGAAGGGAACCCCACUAUGGAACCCUCAUGAACAUUACAAAAGAAUGUUAAAUGCACCCGGGGCCACCUCUAACAACAAUGAUCGCCUCGGGCAGAGAUAUGAAGUCAGAUCCGCCGAAGAAAUAACCGACUCCGUGACCAAAAUGUUCAAUCAGCUCGUCAGUGCUGAUGUCCCCAUGAUGGAAGCCCCAGAUGAAUUAUUGACACCCUUGUUACCUCAUCAAAAGCAAGCCUUAUGGUUCAUGACGGAGAAAGAGCUGCCUCGAAAGUUUGGGCCUGAAGAAGCUGAUAACAACUCACUUUGGCGCAUUCGGUAUGCCGCAAAUGGCCAGAAAGAAUACAAGGAAAUAAUAACGGGCCUUGUACAGCAUGAGGAACCACCUCAAGUCCUCGGGGGGCUGUUAGCGGAUAUGAUGGGACUGGGGAAAACGCUGAGCAUACUUUCACUGGCUGUGUCUUCUCUUCCACGAGCACUUGAGUGGGAAAAGAUGCCCCCUGCCCCAAAGUUGGCGCGCAAAAUUCCCGGUGUCCGUUGCACUCGAACUACUUUAUUGAUCGUGCCAUUGAGUGCGGUCAAGAAUUGGACAAUGCAAAUCCAAGAACAUCUCAAACCGGACACACUGAAUUAUUAUGUUUUUCACGGGCCAAACAGAAAACUUGAUUUGAAGGAGCUCAGCGGUUUUGACCUUAUCAUCACAACCUAUAGUACCAUCCUCAGCGAAAUCCAGGAUCGUUCUAAUCGUGGUCCUAGUCCUUUGACCAAGAUGUACAUGUUCCGUAUUGUUCUUGAUGAAGCUCAUACAAUUCGGGAACAAAGCGCUCAACAGACUAAAGCAGUUCUUAGUCUUCAUGGCUUGCGUCGCUGGUCUGUAACAGGAACUCCUAUCCAAAACCGCCUGGAGGAUCUUCUUUCUGUCACGAGAUUUUUACGACUCUUCCCUUAUGAAGACCGUGGCCGUUUCAAUCAAUUUAUAGUCAGUCGGUUCAAAUCUGGCGACUCCACAGUUCUUACUAGCCUGCGGGUUUUCAUUGACUCGUUUACCCUACGCCGGGUUAAGGACAGAAUUAAUCUGCCGCCACGAGAGGACAAAAUUAUUACCCUUGAAUUCUCUGAAAGCGAGAGAGACCUGCAUGAACGAUUCCGCAACGAAUCUAAUGUUAUGAUGCGUGUUCUGACCGGCGAGGGCAAGUCUAACAUGGGCGGACGUGUGUAUCACCAUGUGUUGAAAGCCAUGAUGAUACUUCGACAAGUUAGUGCCCAUGGCAAAGAGCUUCUUGAUCUCGAAGACCGAGAACGAAUCAAAGGCCUAACUGUUCAUGACGCUAUUGAUCUCGAGGAAAAUGGGUCUGACGAAGACCCUGCCGCCGGUAGGAAAAAGGCAUUCAACAUGUUCAUGCUGAUGCAGGAAUCAUCCGCUGAUCAGUGUGCUAUUUGCAAAAGUCAUAUUGAAGAGCCUCUCAAUGGGUCGGGAGAUGUUGAUCAAGAUGCGCCUAUGGCUGUCUUCAUGCCUUGCUUUGAUGUUUUUUGCCCAAGUUGCUUUCACAAAUGGAGGCGUACUUGGGAACCAGGCAAUGACAAUCCGAUCAUGUGCAAAGCCUGCGAUGGUUGGUCGACUAAAAAUUUCGUCGUCAUAACACUAGAGGGGCUGAAUAAGUUUGCCUCCGAAAAGGCCCUACAAAGGCAGAAUCGCAAAAGUGGCAAGGUUUUGGGCGACUAUGAAGGCCCUCACACCAAAACUCUUGCAUUGAUCCAUCAUCUGCAAGUGAGUCUUGCGGAAAGCAUUGCCCUGGUGGGGGAGCCUCCAAUCAAAAGUGUUAUCUUUUCCCAAUGGACUUCACAUUUAGAUUUGAUUGAGAUCGCCCUGAAGAACCAUGGGCUCGGUACAUUCACGCGCCUGGAUGGUACAAUGUCUCUGGCUGCCCGUGGCAGGGCACUGGAUGAAUUUGCCAAAAAUGACAACAUUACCAUCUUACUGGCCACUAUUGGCGCUGGUGGUGUUGGCUUGAACCUGACAUCUGCAUCUCGAGUUUAUGUCAUGGAGCCACAUUAUAACCCCGCUGCUGUUGCGCAGGCUGUGGAUCGUGUGCAUCGACUGGGUCAAACGCGACCUGUUCAAACAGUUCAGUUCAUCAUGAAAGGCAGUAUCGAGGAGAAGAUCCUCGAACUGGCGAAGAAGAAGCAGCAGCUCGCUGACAUGAGCAUGAAUAGAGGGAAACUGGACCGAAAAGAAGUCCAGGAGCAACGGAUGCAAGAAUACCGUUCUCUAUUCAAAUGA